UGUCUUGUUCAGAGCACAUCCAUCAAUGGCGGAUAGAGUUUUAUGGGUCACAAACGGAGAGGAAUCACCUCGUUUACUAACCCUUGUGUGCACGACGAUGAUCGUGCAAGAGCGAAGCGAUAAGUCUUUUCCUGUAGCACGAAUCAACUUUUCAUAAGAUUUAGGGUUCCUUGUCCUUUUGGCUCCUUUAAGGGUCAUAGAGAAAUGGAUAUUAAUGGGAUUACCAACGGAUGGAGAACUUCUGCAACUUUAGAAAGCCAUGGAUCUUUCCUGGGUUUGCCUAGAUCCUACCCUAACACCAUCCCCAGGGAGAGAAUUCAUAUGGGUAAUGUUCAUAGUGGCAAAAGAGCUUUGGUGAUUUCUAAUUCAAAGCAAGCGAAUCUCUCUGCUUCCUCCAAGCAGAGAAUCAAGCUACAGAUUAAUGGAGUAAAGGAGCUUACUUUCAGUGAGUUCCUGAAACACCCAUCUGGCAUGGAGGCUGUAAUCAACGCUAAGGCUUUGCAGAGUUAUCAUCUAGUUGAGGAUAGUGAUAAUACUUACAGAUGUACAUUGCCAAAAGUUCAGUUAAUGAGCUUUGAAGUUUCUCCAGUUCUGGUUUUGAGGGUCACUCCCACACAGGAAGACUGUACAGUUGAGCUGCUUUCCUGUAAGUUGGAGGGGUCAGAGUUGUUGGAGAGCCAAAGUGAAAGGUUUUCAGCAAAUAUGACAAAUUGCAUGACUUGGAACAUGGAGGAUCCAGACCCAUUUUUGGAGGUUGACGUGAGAUUGAAUGUCACUCUAGAGAUCUCAACUCGACCAUUCACUAUGCUUCCUGUAUCAGCUGUUGAGGCUCCUGGGAAUCUAGUAAUGCAGACUCUAGUAGAUACACUGGUUCCCCUUCUGCUUCAGCAAUUACUUAAAGAUUACGAUGAUUGGAUUCAAAAACAGCAAAGGAACUCCUUAAACGCAACUUCUUAAUGUUUUUGGCCGUUUGGGAUGACAGCAAUACAGCAUGUAUUAGAGAUAGCUCUGUGUUAGAAGUUAAACAAAAUUACUGCAAAAAAAUACAAACAUUUAAAAGGUCAAAAGAGAUUUGAUUCACUUGUAAACUCUGACCAUUUGAGAUGACAUGCGUGUUUAUAGAGCAAUGAAAUUACUGAAAAGCACAAUAAAUAUAAGGUCGGAAGAGA